AUGAAAUCAAAACUUGAAGAGGAACCUCAGGUGAUUGAUAUAUCAAAAGGUAGAAAGGGUCGGAAACAGAAACCGAAUUUCGAUUUAGACCUUCCUAUUCUAUACGCGACUGGUCGUGAACUAUCUACUGCAAAAAUUAAAGACCUGAAAGAAUUGUUAAAGCUCAUUCCAACAGAUGCAAAAGGCUCUUACAGUUGCUUGAAGAAUGCUGCUUCGAGUGAUUUUAUUGAUGAUACUGAUGGCUUGGGUAAUUCUGUUGACUAUGAUAUAGAAGAAAAUUAUAUUGAAGAUUAA